AUGGAGCUGUCCGAAGACGCGCAGUACGAAGCGCUGCUCCAUUCCCCACAGGAAACCACUAUAUUCCAGAAGAACCUCCUUGUCACCCCGGAAUCUGCGCAGAACAAAGGAUGGGACCUGUUAGACCGUACCUCCCAGAGCCAGAUCAAGCUGGCACAGAAGGAGAAGGGCAAGAACAAGCAGAAGGACAAGGGCAAGGACAAGAGCGGCACCGGGCACCGUCUGCUGAACAUACUGAAGAAAACCAUUAAGGGGACCGAGAAAAAAGAAGAGGAAGGCGAAGUGGAGAAGCCAACCUUGGUGCCAUUUGGGGAUGUGGUUGGCUGCCUGGCUGUUCAUAUCAAGAAUUGCAGAAAUUUUUCAUCCCAGAUCCUUUCAAGACUACACUACACUAACUUGUUCAUUCGCCUCACUAUCAGCAAUGUGGUGAAAAUUACAAGAAUGUGUACUUUUCUAUCCCAAGACCAAAAAAACAUAACUGCAAAAUUUGAUGACGUGAAAUAUUUUUCUGUACAGGUUCCCAGACGUCAAGAUGAUGUGCGAAAUAAUAUUUUCCUGGAACUACUGGAAUGUGAAAACACAGACGCGUUUCCUGUUUUGUUAGGGAGUGUUCGGGUACAUCUGUAUGAAAUAAUUCAGAAAGGAUGCUUUACUGAAGAAUUUCAAAUUUCCAGCAAAACCAUACUUAUCUGCAGGGUGGAGGUAGAAUUUAAGUUCUCCUAUGGAAACUUCGGUUUUGGAUUUUCACAUCAGCUAAAACCUCUUCAGAAGAUUAUUGAGCCAUCCAUGUUUAUGUCUGUUAUACCGCCUCCAGAAAGGACAGACCCAGUGUCAAAUGUUAUUAUGCCACAGCCACUCGAAUACCCAGCUUUCCUAUCCCCAGACCUGAAUGUGACCGUUGGGAAGCCAAGUAAAGUCAACCAGCCCUCUGUUGUGCGACUCGACAAACUCCAGGAACCACCCCGCAGAAGGUUGGAAAAAAUUAAAAAGGAAUAUAGAACUUUUAAUACGUGGGCAGAAAAAUCUAGAUAUUUAGAAAACCUUCUUAAUCCAACACCAGAACAAAAAGACUCUGAGGAAAGUAGUAUCACAGAAGAAGAACCUGAAACCCCACCUAAACUACCUGUUCAAGUGGAAGAGAAGUUAGAAAAACCAGCCCCCCCUCGUGUAUAUGAAGAAGUUCCACCCCCUCCAAGGAAGCCACCGGAGAGUGAGAAGAUGACUUCGAGAUUCUUGACCGUGCCAACUUUUAACCUGCCAUUGCUAAAUGAGCCAGACUACCUUCUUCCGAUGCAUGCUGAAUCAGAAAAACAAACCUAUCUGCUUCCCCCGGACCUUCCGUUUUCCGCUCUUCCGACAGUUGAAGAGAAGAAGACAACACCUCCCGACGAACAACCGCUUUCUCCACCAGAACUAAAAAGUAACCCUAGAUAUCCACGCUCUGUUAAAAUAGACACAUCUCCACCGGAGGAACAAAAUGGUGAUACAACAGGCACAAAAAGCCCACCCGGUGCUGAUAAAGACCACCAUCAUCUCCCAAUGGUGUCUACUAUGGAUAAUGAGGAGCGUGGCUUCAACAAGACAUUUGAAAAGGCAACCCCCGUUGGAUAUGUAGAUUCUGUUUUGCAUCCUUUGCCCAUCAAACCCAUGCAACCACCUGUACGGAAGGCCGUGGAAAUGGAAGCUGAGGGAGGCAGAAGAACUGGCCCAAAGUUACCCGACCCAAGCCAGAGACAGAAAAACACAAAGAAAAAAAGAAAAACUGUAAGUAGAUUGACCUGUCCUUUUACAAACCACUCCAACCCUGACGAGCCCAGCAAGGACUGUAUCGUUGGAGUGAUGACCAGCCAGGCACUAUUCCACUACAGCUGCAGUGACCGAGAUGCAGCAGGAAAGUGGCCAGGAUUUCUAGAGAAGGAGGAUCGCAUUCCGGUAGAGGGGUUUUUUGUACCAAAAGAACGCUUACCACCGUCUGUCAUCCCAAGCUAUAUAGAAAAAGUUAUGCCGUCCCAGCUCCAGAAAGUCCACAUCAAGGACGGUUUUGAUCCCUUUUUAAGAAAUAUAAACAACAAAGUUUCAGGCAGAAAAAGGAAAGACCACGAUAUGCCCAAGUGCAGAAGCAGUGUAUCUUCAGAGAUUGUAGAGCACGAAGACCAAGACCCACCUUACCCAGCACAUUCGAAAACUGAAGAACCUACGAGCAAAGCCAAGGCCCAUGAGCCUGAUAUCAUCACAAUACAGCCUUUAGACACCAGUUCAAAAGGAAGGCUACCAAAUAUCUCUGUAUUGAGUUUUGAAAGAAAAUCAUCAACGUCAUCAAGUCCUCUCUCAAAGUCAUCUAGUUCCACAAAAUCACUGGCACCUAAGCUAAUUUUAAGUAAAAACCUGAUAGACCUUGUAGAUGAAUUCUUUUACAACCCAAUCAUUCCUCUGAACCUUGAAGCAAGCAAGAGAAGCAGUGGAUCUCUGAAUCGGCGUGUUCAGGUUAAACCAUCCAGUAAUUUGAAAGAUGUUCCUCUGGACCUUGAAGCAAACAAGGAAAGCAGUGGAUCUCUGAAUCAGUGUGUUCAGGACAAACCAUCGAGUAGUUUGGAAGAUGUUCCUCUGGACCUUGAAGCAAGCAAGAAAAGCAGUGGAUCUCUGAAUCAGCGUGUUCAGGAUAAACCAUCGAGUAGUUUGGAAGAUCUUCCUCUGGACCUUGAAGCAAGCAAGAGAAGCAGUGGAUCUCUGAAUCAGUGUGUUCAGGACAAACCAUCGAGUAGUUUGGAAGAUCUUCCUCUGGACCUUGAAGCAAACAAGGACAAACCGUCGAGUAGUUUGGAAGAUCUUCCUCUGGACCUUGAAGCAAACAAGAAAAGCAGUGGAUCUCUGAGUCAGCGUGUUCAGGAUAAACUGUCAAGUAAUUUAGAAGAUGAAACAUUUGAAAAAAUGCCAGACUCAAAAAGUUGGUCAUUAGAAAAGAAUAUUUUAACUUCAAAGAAGCAUUUAAGUGAAAUAAGUAAAGGCAUGUCUAUAGAUUCACUCUCAGAAGGUAGGUCAGGAAGCUCUCUAGGUACAGAAAGGGAACAGGGCUCUGCAAAAGACUUAGAGGAAUAUGUUAUAAAGCAAAUAUUCACAGCUAAGACCUCAGAGGUGGAUACAUAUGUGAAAUCGCUUAGUGAAACAAAGCUCAACGUGCAGGAUCAGUUACCCACUGCUUCAGCGAGCAGCUUCCCUUCACAGACUGGGGCUCCCUGGGACAAAAAAGAUGAUGCAGAAGAAUUGUCACUGUCCACAUCUGCUGUAAAGCAGGCCAUGCAAGCAUUUUCUAAAGAUACUCUUUCAGAACAUGGGCAAGUAAACAUGAUCGAAUUAGAUAAAGAACACCAAGGGAGUUCUUUGGUGGACUCAGAGAAAGGCUCUCCUGCAGAAAAGCAAAAGAGCCCCACAGAGGAGCUUUCAAAAAGCAAAAUUAAACUCAAAUCGCCUUCAGAUGACAGUGUGCCCACCAUUCCCAAAAGAAGCAGCCAUGAACUCAAGGUGGCUGCAUUUACAGAGGAAGGUCAAAAUACAGCCCCCCGAGAUUCAGACGAUCACCCUUCAAUACCACACACAGAAACAACUUUCCCAAGGGAUGACCAGAAGUCUUAUCAAGAAGACCCGGAUCUUAAUACUAUUUUGGAAAACUUAAGCAACUCGUUAAUGAGUAUAAUCAAUGGAUCAGAUCCCAAAAUAUUAAAUUCCCUUUUGAAACACAUCUUAAGUGCAUUUUACAAAUUCAGUCAGUCCGCAAGAAGGCCACCAGAAAGAGAAGUCCAACAGCGACACGAUCGCUCUUUUACACCUGAUGUAGAAGACCAUGAAGAAAUCCAGAAGGAUUUCGACAAAGCUGACAGUUUAGACCAAAAACCUAUGCUGAACCCAAAGCUGGGCAUCUUUCUAGAAGAACUCUCAAAGGCAGAGAUAAAAAAAUUGAAAUCCGAAUUAAGUAAGCAUAUCCAGCACUACCUUGUAGAAAGACUCUCCAAAUCAGGACACAUCACCGAGGAGGAUUUGCCAAAAGUCUACCAAAAUCUGUAUGUGAUGAAUGAGUCAAGUGGGCAAAAAGUUUUCCAGGAGAAAUAUUCAGAAACAGCAAAAGAAAUCAUGAGUUUUGUAAAUAAUUUUCAUCAUCAUUUCAUAGAUAAACAUCUGGAAAUAAAGCUAAGGUCUUUUUUAAGUGAAAUCCUCAAAAACUAUUUCCUCGAGAACCUUUCUGGAAGCAAGUUAUUUAAAGAGACAGAGCCUGCGACUAUACUCUCAACCACACCUCUUAGAGCUGAAAGUGCCUCAGUAUCUGUACAUGACUCAGAUCAAGAUGUUUCAAGGGAGAGUUCUGAGAGCUGGUUUGACAUAAACACAGUAUAUCCUCUAAAUAAAUCUCUACAGAGUUCUCUCAUGGCUUUAUCAGAAAACAAACUAUUAAAUCUAAAAACAGAUUUAAGUAAAUGCAUCCAGACCCUUUUUAUAGAAAAACUUUCGAAAUCUGGACUGCUCACAAAGAGACAAUUAGAGGGCAUCAACCAGCAUAUACAUUUGAAUAACCCCAGUUCCACACCCUUAAAAUGUAUGAAGACAGAUUUGAGUUUUAGAGAUGAAAAUAAGUUUGUGGAGGAGCAUUCAGAGAAGCAAAGUAAAUAUUCAAAAAUUGCUCAAAAGGCCACUUUACAAAAGAUUCCUGAGGCUAGAUGGGUAGGAACCGAAUUGAUCAGAAAGGAAGAAAAAGGUUUUCCUUUGCACAGUAUUAAAGAAAAUCUACCCAUUCUUACAGACCAGAAGAGCUAUUACUCUAAAGAAGGCAGUCAUACACCAAGUUUAAUGAAAGUACAGCCCGGCACCAGCAAAAAUAUCCAAGCAGUCUCCAUGAGUAAACCUUCAGACAGACCCAUGAGUAUGAUGUUCACGAAUCCAAGGAAUGAAUAUGGCUUCCUCCAGCUUCCGCCAGCAGAAAAUGCUGUUUUAAAAGCAGAGAGUCAAGACCCAUAUGGUGGGGAUGGCAAAAUAAUUCAAUCAAAUGCUUGCUUUGAAAGGACACUGAGGAUGAAGUCCAGUGGGAAAAAAGAGCAUAUUAGCAUCUAUAAACUGACCGUGCAGGGGCGACCUGACGCAAGACUGUCACCGUAUCCCAGAGUUCUGGACUAUAAAAUGUCAGAUGAAGAGGAGGAGGCUGCGAGGCGACCGGUGUUUCCCUCAUGCCAGGGCCAUCCUUCAAAUCACUUCAGCACGGAGGUCGGGGGCGCCUCCAAGUUAGACAGCCAAAGAUGGAAAGGAAAUAAUAAUAACAAUAAGAAACAGAGUUCAGUAACAUUUGCAGAAUACCAACAAAUACAAACUCCAUAUAAAAAAACAUCUGUGCUCAGCACCGAAAGCUAUGCAGAGGUCCCCGAAUCACAACCCUUUAGAUGUGAAGUGUUAGAAGUUGAAACAUGCUCAAAACCACCUCUAUUCCCAGAACUAUUAAAGAGGGAAAGCUUAAAGCCCAAGCUCCAAAGAGAGAGAGAUCAUUUUGGCAAACAAAGAAAGACAUACAGCAAGGUAGUUAAGAUCUUACCAACCACAGUGCCCUCAUCAAGAACUCAUCUGAAGAAAUCUAUCCCCAGAUCAUUGCUUCAUUGGACGGCAAGAACAACUAUACAUGAUUGUUCGGAUAAAUUUGAUGAUUUACCUCCUGCAGCCUCAUUUAGGCAUCUGGAAAGAACAAAAUCAAGGAUGAGGCUUUUAGGAAAGUAUUCAGGCAACAACCCCAAUCCUCCCAGGCAUGCCACCAGGCCAAACACUGCCCCGGAGGCCAACAAGCGACAACGGGAAGGCCACACCGGGAAACUGAGAACUCCGCGACUGGUUUCCGCCAGCUUAGCUCAUCUUAACGAUACAAUCUCACAAUAUGAAAUGCAUAAAAUGCAGCCAAAAAAAAUUAAAAGAGGCUAUUGA